UCUUCUUUCAGUCUAACUGCCCUCUGUUCCUUGUUCUAAGACUAGUUUAAUUAUUGUCUACGGGAAUAAUUUUGUCUGUGGCGUUUCGUGUUUCUCCUGCAAAUGUCUCCAGUAAAGUCGUAGUUGUUCAACUGAUGUUCAUAUUAAUUCGGGAAAACUGAAAAGCUUCCUCCCUCUGCUUCAAACCCAAUUUAAUUCUGUUCUUGUUCUUGCUAAUGCUAUUGGUCUUUACUAGUAGGGAAUGAGAUUUCUGUUUGGGUUGGCUUUGCAUAGCUUUUACAGAAUCACAGUAAAACAAUGUGGUUGAAGAUUUGAGUGAGCUCGGCAAUGGAUCUGGAGCGUAGGAUGUAUGCUAAUCCCAUUAAGCAGAAGGAAUCAUGGAAGACCGUCUUGACUCUGGCAUAUCAGAGCUUGGGUGUUGUAUAUGGGGAUUUGAGUACUUCUCCUCUUUAUGUUUUCAAAAGUACCUUUGCAGACAUUGAGCACUCGGAGACGAACGAGGAGAUAUUCGGAGUGUUGUCUUUCAUAUUCUGGACGCUUACACUGGUGCCGCUGCUCAAGUAUGUGUUCAUCGUCCUCCGGGCUGACGACAACGGUGAAGGUGGGACUUUUGCGUUGUAUUCACUGCUGUGCCGGCAUGCUCGGGUCAGCUCCUUGCCCAAUUGCCAGGUUGCAGACGAGGAGCUAUCGGAGUACAAGAAGGAUGGCAUUGCUCCACGACGCAGGGGUAUUGGGUCGAGGUUAAAACUGACGCUGGAGAAGCAUAGGGUGUUGCAGAGGGUGCUGCUAGUUCUGGCCCUGAUUGGAACUUCUAUGGUAAUUGGUGAUGGGGUCCUCACUCCAGCAAUUUCUGUUUUCUCUGCAGUGUCAGGCCUUGAGCUUUCCAUGUCAAAACAGCAUCACAGAUAUGUAGAGCUCCCGGUAGCCUGUAUCAUACUGGUAUGUUUGUUUGCUCUCCAACAUUAUGGCACCCACCGAGUGGGAUUCCUGUUUGCACCAAUCGUUAUGACAUGGCUUUUAUGCAUCAGUGCGAUUGGUGUGUAUAACAUAUUCCACUGGAAUCCUCAUGUGUAUCAAGCCCUCUCCCCGUAUUACAUGUACAAAUUUUUUAAGAAGACACAGAGGGGAGGUUGGAUGUCUUUAGGUGGGAUCCUGCUAUGCAUUACAGGUUCAGAAGCUAUGUUUGCUGAUCUUGGACAUUUCUCUCAGUUAUCAAUCAAGAUUGCUUUUACCUCUGUGGUUUAUCCAUCCUUGAUACUCGCAUAUAUGGGACAAGCUGCUUAUCUGUCCAAGCAUCACACUAUUGAAAGUGUCUACCGGAUUGGAUUUUACGUAUCUGUGCCAGAGAGGAUAAGGUGGCCGGUUCUGGCAAUAGCCAUACUUGCAGCAGUGGUUGGAAGCCAAGCCAUAAUUACGGGGACCUUCUCAAUCAUCAAGCAGUGCUCUGCUUUAGGCUGCUUCCCAAGGGUCAAAAUAGUUCAUACAUCAUCUGAAAUACAUGGCCAGAUAUAUAUCCCAGAAAUCAACUGGAUUUUAAUGCUGUUAUGCUUGGCCGUUACCAUCGGAUUCAGAGACACAAAACGGAUGGGUAAUGCUUCAGGCUUGGCAGUUAUAACCGUCAUGCUAGUUACCACUUGCCUGAUGUCUCUGGUUAUAGUUCUUGUGUGGAAUCAGAGUGUCUUUCUUGCUGUUUGCUUCAUAUUCUUCUUUGGAUCUCUUGAAGCACUCUUCUUCUCAGCCUCCCUUAUAAAGUUCCUUGAAGGGGCAUGGGUCCCUAUUGCCCUUGCCUUCAUCUUCCUGGUUGUAAUGUAUGUUUGGCACUAUGGCACACUCAAGAAGUAUGAGUUUGAUGUCCAAAACAAGGUCUCCAUCAACUGGCUCCUAACCUUGGGUCCAGGUCUGGGGAUUGUACGUGUCAAGGGCAUUGGUCUUGUACACACUGAGCUUGUCUCUGGAAUCCCCGCAAUUUUCUCCCAUUUUGUCACCAACCUCCCUGCCUUCCACCAAAUUCUGGUCUUCUUCUGCGUCAAAUCUGUCCCUGUUCCGCAUGUUCGGCCUGAGGAACGGUUCCUUGUGGGCCGCAUUGGACCAAGAGAGUACAGGCUUUACAGGUGCAUUGCACGUUAUGGGUACCGUGAUGUGCACAAGGAUGAUUUAGAGUUUGAAAAGGAUCUUGUUUUUAGCAUAGCAGAAUUUAUCCGGUCAGAUAAACCAGAGCAUAAUGGAGGAGUGGACAUGGAGAAGGUUGACGAGAAAUUGACAGUUGUUGGGACAUCUUCUGCAAAUUUUGAAGGGAUACAAAUCUGUGAAGAUGGGGAUGCUGCUGAAGUAACAGGCCCUUCGGAGAUGAAGGAAAUACAUUCUCCAUUAGUCCAGAGGAAAAGAGUGAGGUUUGUGUUGCCUGAGAACCCAAAGAUCGAUGAUGCUACACAGGAGGAGCUUCAGGAUCUGAUGGAAGCGAGGGAGGCUGGGAUGGCAUUCAUACUCGGACACUCUUAUGUAAGAGCCAGACGUGGUUCAAGCUUGAUGAAGAAUUUGGUGAUCAAUAUUGGGUAUGAUUUCCUGAGGAGGAACUGCAGGGGCCCAUCGUAUGCACAUAACAUCCCUCAUGCUUCUACCCUCGAGGUGGCGAUGAUCUACCAUGUUUAACUUUGUUUCUACGAUGUUUUUUCUUGUAUUAUAUUGUGUAUAUUAUAGAUUUCCAGCGAUAUCCAUGGUGGGGAAAAGAAUUUUCCUGCC